GACUCAGACCUUCCACUUCCACAGGCCCAUAAGCUCAUAAAGCUGUAUUUUCACUUUCUUUUGCUCAGCAUGGUAAACAGGAGGUAUGCUUGCAGGGGGCUUGGAGCUCCUCCUCCUGAUGUUUUUGGAUGGACAGAAGCUUUUGUCCCCUCGGUGGCGAGGCCUGCUACACGAGCAUUAGCAGUGGAGACAACUAACGGGAAUGAUAUUUUAAAAGCUGUCUUAGAUGAAGUCCAGCAUGCAAUUUCUAAUCAACCAAAGACCAACAGCCCAGGGGAGCCCGCGGUGGUACCUGGUGUGUGCACUCAUCACGAUCGCCUGCUCUGGACCAGUUUCGCCUCUUCAUGCCCCUCCGGCGACCCCGGAUCUCCGCUCUGCUUUCUCUGCCACCCGCACCAACAGCGUGAUCGGCGGCAAGCAGAAGGAAAUGACCUUCGACAGGCUCAUGGUCAACAUCGGAGGGGACUUCAAUCCGGACACUGGUCACUUCCGCUGCCGUGUCCCUGGGGCUUACUACUUCUCCUUCUCCGUGGGUAAGUUUCCGAAGAAAAUGCUUUCCGUGAUACUGGUGAAGAACGGAGAGGAGGUGCAGGCGAUUGCGUACGACGACUACCGCAAGAAAGGGAGGAAACUCCAAAGCCAGAGUGUCAUGAUCAGUUUGAAGGAGAUGGACACAGUGUGGCUGCUUUUACAGCAGAAUCCCCAAUACGCUUCGUACAGCAAUGCCGGCCCUUACAUCACCUUCUCCGGAUACCUUGUCCUUCCUGAUGUUUUGCCUAACAGCUACAUCAGCAACCUGGUGGCGACACCACCAGGGCUGUCCCAAUCAGUGCCGUCCCAUCCCAACUGCCCCCCCCAGUCUGACCCCUCGGCCACAGGUCAGAGGUCAGAGCAGCCCCGGUCUGCCUUCUCUGUGGCACGGACCUCCACACUCAUGGGUCAGAACAUCAGGCAGCAGGACAAGUCACCUUUGACCUUUGAUGUGGAGUUCGUCAACAUCGGGGGGCAUUUCAACCAAACCUCGGGCCUGUUCACCUGCCACUUCCCGGGCGCUUACUUCUUCGCCUUCACCGUGGGGAAGCACCCUCGCAGGGCCGUUUCCGUGAAGCUGAUGACGGGGAAGGGGGAGGUGCAGGCGAUGGUGUUCGACGAGGACACGUCGAAGAGAAGGGAGAUGCAGAGUCAGAGCUUGCUGCUGUCUCUCCGCCGGGGCGACAGUGUGUGGCUGUACAGUCAGCAGGAUGAGCGUUAUGCCGUGUACAGCAACCAGGGGAGGUACACGACCUUUUCUGGCUUCCUGGUUUAUCAUGAAGCAGAACCUGCCUCCACUCAAGACGGAGCCGCCCUCUGAUUGUCUCAUACCUUUGUAACACAUUCAACAUUUUACAUUGUAGAAAAUCGUUAGAGCAUGUUUUUGACUUAUCUUCAGUGAGUAACUCCAUAUAUUUGUUGCCAAAUUACUCCAAUAGAGGGCGCUAUGAUACAAUUAUGGAUACUAACCAGCCUGCAACAAGGUUUUUUCUGUUCUUUUAAGUGAAAAUAGCUGAAAGAAAUCACUAAAUGUGUUGGAUGAAAAUGAUUCGUCGGUAAAAUAAAACAAUUAUAGUAUUUACCAUUUAUAAUGAUUUGUAUUCAGAUGUUUUAAAAAGCAUUUUUUUACGUUUAAAAUAUUGCAUACCAAAGAAUAUUAUGUAAAUGAUGUAUAGUUUAUCAAAAUGUUCUUACUGUAAACAUGAUAUUCAGAGGCAUAUCAUGGUCAUGUAAGUGGUGAUAAUAGUCAUAAUAGUACUUUUAUUUUGUAGAGAUAAAUCUCUGUCUCAUUUCAAACAAAAUAAAUGAAUAUGCUUCAUU